CUCCGGCGCCACCGGCGCCCUCGUGAGUGCGUAAUCGAUGGCGCCGGUUAUUGGGCCUGAGGAGGGGAACGGGCCUGGGCCGGGCUCUUCGACGGAAAAGUACUCAUACGAGGGCCAGAUGACGCGGUACGUGGUUGGGGCCUGCCUCGUCGCAGCCAUGGCGGGCCUUCUCUUCGGAUACGAUAUCGGCAUCUCCGGAGGCGUGACGUCAAUGGGGCCGUUCUUGCGGAAUUUCUUCCCGUCCGUCUACGCGAGAGAAGCUGCGGAUAAAUCGACGAACCAGUACUGCAAGUUCGACGACGUCGGUUUGACGAUGUUCACGUCUUCGCUGUACUUGGCGGCGCUGGUCUCCUCGCUCGCGGCUUCAUGGGUGACCAGAGAAUUGGGCAGGAAAGCUUCCAUGGUUCUUGGAGGGUUCGUGUUUUUCCUCGGGGCUGCCCUGAAUGGAUUUGCUGUCAGCCUUUGGAUGCUCAUUCUCGGCCGCCUUCUCCUCGGCAUCGGCGUCGGCUUCUCUGUCCAGUCAGCGCCGCUCUACGUAUCUGAAAUGGCGCCACACAAGCACCGGGGCGCACUCAACAUCUUCUUCCAGCUCAGCAUCACAAUCGGGAUAUUAUCCGCCAAUCUCAUCAACUACUUCACCCCAAAGAUCACAUCCUUCGCCGGAUGGCGGCUGAGCCUCGGCGGCGCGUGCAUCCCGGCCCUCUUCAUCUUCAUCUCCGCAAUCUUCCUCCCCAACACUCCAAACUCAAUGCUCGAGAAACCCGGCGGCCGGGAGGAGGAAGAACAAGCCCUGGCCAUGCUCUGCCGCAUAAGGGGCGUCACGCCGCAGCAGGCGGCGGCCGAGUUCCGGGACCUGGUCGCCGCCGCCAAGGCGUCCAGGGCGGUUGACGGCGAGCACAUGUGGAGGAAGGUGCUCGGGAAGAGGCAGUACCGGCCGCAGCUGACGAUGGCUGUCGUCAUCCAGGCGGCGCUGCAGCUGAGCGGGAUCAACGUGGUGAUGUUCUACGCGCCGGUUCUGUUCAGCAGCAUCGGGUUCGGCGACGGUGCCGCGCUGCUGUCGGCGGUCGUGACCGGGGGUGUCAACGUCGCCGCGACUUUCGUUGCUGUUUAUGGAGUGGAUCGGUGGGGGAGGCGGGCUCUGUUUCUCUACGGUGGAGCUCAGAUGUUCGUUUUCCAGGUUUUGGUGGCAGGGCUGAUAGGAUGGAAGUUUGGGGUCACCGGAGAGGUGUCGAGUCUGCCCAAAUGGUACGCCGUCUUGAUCGUGACAUUAAUCUGCGGCUUCGUUUCCGGCUUUGCCUGGUCGUGGGGCCCGUUGGGUGUGGUGGUGCCGGCGGAGAUCUUCCCGCUGGAGAUCAGGUCGGCGGCGCAGAGCAUCGCGAUCUCGACCAGCAUGGUGUUCACGUUCCUGAUCGCGCAGCUGUUCCUCACCAUGCUCUGCCACAUGAAGUUCGGCCUCUUCUUGUUCUUCGCCUUCUUUCUGGCCGCCAUGUCUGUGUUCGUCUAUUUCUUCCUCCCGGAGACGAAGAACAUCCCGAUCGAGGCGGUUCACCGUGUCUGGGAGAAGCAUUGGUUUUGGAGGAAAUUCGUCAUUAGUGAUGAUGAUCAUUGAUAAUUAAGUUUAGUACAAGGCCUUUUUUUGGCACAUGGGCAAGAACUAUAGAUAUAUGAUCUUUUAGCUUAAUCCUUGAUUGAAAAAGUUUGAUUGUAGCGCGAUAAAAGGUUGGAAUUUUGUAUGGUAAGAAAAAUAAAAAUAUGAU